CUCGUGCAAAGUUCAGUCUGGAGCGAAGGUAAGUAAGGAAGAUGGUUAGAUUUCAGUUGACUAGAAAGCUCACAGUUUCACUGCUUAAAAAGUUAUGGGUUGUCUUUACAAAGAUUGUUAACUGGAACCCCGGUUUCUUGUUCCAAUUUCGUUUGAGCGAAUGCAAGGAGCUUUAUGUGGAUUUUCUUUACACGAGUUAUGAGAGUCAGAUACUGUGGAUGUUCAUCGUCAAUGCAGUUUACAAAGCAUUCCUUAUUGCUCUCCAUCCUUUUGCUGCUAAUAUGGAACAUGCUGAAUACAUUAUUUUUGGUGUCGUUGCUUUAACUGUAGAAACUGCUUUGAUUACAUUGAAAUUCAUUAAAAAAGACGCCUUCAAAAAAAUCAGCUAUGCUGCUCUCUUUCUUGACCUAACACUUCUCUUGCUGUUUGAGCUGAUAGUGUUUGAUGCCAAGUCCACGGGAUUCAAUUUGCUUUUCUCGCUCACUUUUCUCCUCAACGUCACGUCCUGUCUUCAGAACAGUACCUUUCUGACAGUGUUCUUCAUUGUUGCUCUGUAUAUGCUCAAUAUUGCUGGAUAUACGUGCUACUAUCCUAAUACCAGCCCAGGAGUGGACUCGAUCUACAAAGAGAUAGCUGCUGGAUACUUGAUACUCACAACUGGAUCCCUGGUCUGCUUGGUGGUGCAUUUUAUGAUAAGCAAGGAAAAGUGGAUGGCUUUCCAGAAAAUUGAGAAUAACGUGAUAACACAUCUGGACAUAAAGAAGGAAACGCUCAAGCAGGAGAAACUUCUUCACUCGAUAUUUCCACCAGAUAUUGCAAAAGUAGCACAAGCAAGUUUGUCCAAUGAGCUGGCUAAGGAAGAUGAAACAGAGGAGUUUAGAAAGCUACACCUCAACCGAUCCAAUAAUGUCAGCAUUCUGUUUGCUGACAUCAAAGGAUUUACUGCCCUUUCAUCUAAGAUUGAUGCUAAAACACUUGUCGAAACACUGAAUGAGUUAUUUGCUCGUUUUGACUGCCUAGCUGAAGAUAAUAAUUGCAUGAGGAUCAAGAUAUUGGGGGAUUGCUAUUAUUGUGUAUCUGGACUAUACGACAGUAGCAAGACUCAUGCUCAAAACUGUGUUGAAAUGGGACUACAAAUGAUUGAAGUUAUCAAACGAGUGAGUCAUGAGACAGGUUAUGAUAUAAGUAUGCGUGUUGGUAUUCAUACUGGGGCUGUCUUUUCUGGCCUCAUUGGCUUGGAGAAGUGGCAAUUUGAUGUUUGGUCAACCGAUGUGAAUAUAGCCAACAAAAUGGAAGCAACAGGAAAACCAGGCUAUGUACAUAUCAGCAAGAAGACCUACAAAGAAAUCAAGAAUUUGUACAAUGUUGAGGCCAAUUGUCCAAGAGAUGAGAUGAAAACUUAUUUUGUUACUGGGAGAAAACAGAAUGAUGCAAGUAUUGAUGGCGAAGUUAGUAGCGUUAUAUCAGAGAUUGACAUCACAGCGCCUGAUGAUUCAUUGAAGACAAUUAAACCUUACAGUUGUGCUUUAAUCAAUCACGAUAUAGAAAUGGAGUCUCCUCGUUCUGGUAGCUUUAAGGAAGGACGAAGAUUUGGGAUAGCUGAUGUAUCAAAGACACUUGGAAUAACUAGAGUUUCAAGGAGUUCCUCCAAACUAGUCAAGAAUCGCCAAGAUUUCAUUGAUAGUUUGGCAAGUGUUGUGACAAAGGAACAUUGCAAUAAACUGUGGAAGAAGUUUGCACAUCGCUACCAGUUAAAAUUUAAGAAAACACAGCAUGAAAUUGAGUAUCUACAGGGCGGAGUUAAACCUCACUUGUCCUAUUUUGUUUCAAUGACUAUAAUGUCAUUAUUCAAUUACUUGACACAAUUGACAAUACUUCCAAGAGAUAACAGCAUUAUAUCCCACUUCCUUAAUGUUGUUGCAAUAAUCAUUUCCAUGGCACUGACAGUCAUUUUUUUCACUCAGGAAUAUACAAACUUUUUUCAAGUUAGCAUUUUGAAAAAGUUUGUUCAAGCUCUGAAACAUAACCGUCUCUAUCACUAUGUACUAUUUAUGGUGAUGUGGGUCAUAGCACUCAAUGCAGCAACUAUUGGAAUAAUCCAAUGUGAACCUAAUGCAAGUCUACUGAUGCCAUACGAAACACUUAACUCUCAAGAGGGAAGAUGUGACUUUGUGGAAUAUUAUCUGAUCCUGCUGUCAAUAUUGACUCUAUUUGUUAUUCUACCAAUGUCUGAUCUUCCUUUUGCUGGGACGCUCCUUUUUGCCGUUUGCUCUUUGUUUCACAUGCUUAUAGUUUUGCCUUUUGCUUAUUUUGAUACGUUCCUCCUCCACCAUAUCACUCUUUAUGGCGAUAAUGCAAUGAAAAUGUUUAUUAAGAAUGAAAUAUACUUGGCAGUCAUUGCUGUAUUCAUGGUGAUUUUUGGAAUGAUCGUGAUUUGGCAGUUUAAGUAUGCAAAGCGAAUUAACUUCCUCCAAACACUAGAGAUUGUUGAGCAACAGAACAAAGUUGAAGUUGUCAAAGCUCACAACUGUGUCUUGCUUUCUAAUUUAAUGCCAAAUCAUGUUGUCCGCCAUUUUCUUGAUCCUUUCAUCAGCCAAAAGGAUCUUUAUUAUCACUAUCAUGAGAAAGUGGGUGUAAUGUUUGCUGCUAUUCCAGAGUUUUCCUCAUUUUACAAUGAACAUCCUCUAAAUAAAUACGGUCUUGAGUGUCUCAGACUUUUAAAUGAAAUAUUUGGAGAUUUUGACCAGCUUUUGAAAAAGGAGCCUUUCUCUCACCUGGAGAAGAUAAAAACAAUUGGAAGUACUUACAUGAUAGCAUCUGGCUUGCAAGUGAGUGACUGCAGUAUUGUCAACAAAAUAGCAACAAAAUGUCUGCAGGAAGACAGCAAAUAUGAUGGUUGGAAGCAUCUUGCAAUCUUGGUUAAAUUUUCCAUUGCACUGAAGGAGAAACUUGACAAAAUUAAUCAUGACUCCUUUACAGACUUCAAAAUGAGAAUUGGUAUUAGUCACGGUCCUGUUGUUGCUGGUGUUAUUGGUGCAAAAAAGCCACAAUAUGAUGUAUGGGGAGACACUGUUAAUCUUGCUAGUAGAAUGGAGAGCACUGGUGUCAUGGGACAGACACAAGUUGUUCAAGAAACCAAGAGUAUACUGCAGGGUCUGGGUUUUAACUUUAAAUUCCGUGGUUUUGUGAACGUGAAGGGAAAAGGAGAAUUGGUCACUUACUUUAUCCUCGAUUGAGAAACCAAAAAUCAAAUCAUCUGAUAAUCUAACAUUAAACAACUACUACAUAAAAUAAUACUUUAAAAUUGUCAUUUCUUGGUUUUCUUCACAUAAGCUGUUAUUCAAUUUCAAAA